UAUCCAGGGCGAUUCCCAGGACCACAAGGCGUCCUGAUCCUGAAUCGUGAUCAUGAUUCCGAUUCCGAUAGGUUCCCGAAAUCGAUUAACGUGGUCCGCCAGCUUACAAUAACCCCAUGUUCUCAUGUUCAUGUAAGCCUGCUCCGCAGAAACCUACGUGUGUCGCACUUUCGCACUGGAGAAGCAGAGCACAUGCUCCAUGUCUCACCCGCUCAGGCGAAGGCCAUCCUUCUUCCUAAUAAAUGGUCUCGAAGUUCUGAUUUUCUUUCUUCCGCUCCUCCUAUCGCUCCUUUGCGCUUCAGGAAUGGAAAGAGAAGGAAUCCGUGAAGAAGAACUGUUCUUGGAUAAAUUGAGAGAUGAGGCCAUUUCUAGAAUUUAUCAGCUAGGAAAGGUAUCAGAUGCUGAUAAUUAUCUUGAGAGAACUUUUUUAAGCCCUGCCUCCAUCAGAGCUGGAAAUUUGAUUCAAGAGUGGAUGGAAGAUGCUGGGUUGAAAACGUGGGUGGACUAUAUGGGUAACAUACAUGGCAGGGUUGGAGGAGUAAAUGCUACUGCAGAGGCAUUGCUGAUUGGAUCUCAUUUGGACACUGUCAUAGAUGCUGGAAUGUUUGAUGGAGCACUUGGUAUUAUUUGUGCUAUAUCCGCUUUAAAGGUUUUGAAGGUCUCUGGAAGGCUUGGGAAACUCAGUCGACCAGUUGAGGUGAUUGCCUUCAGUGAUGAGGAAGGUGUCAGGUUUCAAACAACUUUCUUGGGUAGUGCUGCCAUGGCUGGUAUUCUUCCUGCAUCAGCGUUAAAAAUAACAGAUAAAAGUGGUGUUUCAGUGAAAGAUGCUUUACGGGCAAAUUCACUUGAUGCUACUGAAGAAAGUUUCGCUAAUGUCAAGUAUGACCCAGAGUCAGUGUUUGGUUAUGUUGAGGUACACAUUGAACAGGGUCCAGUACUUGAGUCCCUUGCAUAUCCUCUUGGUGUUGUUAAAGGAAUUGCUGGACAAACAAGACUAAAGGUUACAGUUGCAGGUUCCCAAGGUCAUGCAGGCACUGUUCCAAUGUUUAUGCGCCGUGAUCCGAUGGUUGCUGCUUCUGAGCUAAUUGUCCUUUUGGAGUCGCUUUGCAAGCAUCCCCAAAAUUUCUUGCCAUAUGAUGAGCAAUGUGCGGGGGUUCCAACAGAAUCCUAUGCAGCCUUGGUCUGCACAGUUGGUGAAAUAUCUUGUUGGCCAAGUGCAAGCAAUGUCAUUCCUGGCCAGGUAUAUUUUACUGUAGAUAUACGUGCCAUGGAUGACACAACCAGGGAAGCUAUAGUACUUGAAUUCUCUGAGAGAGUUAAAGAAAAAUGUCAUAGUAGGAUGGUGAAUUGUACAAUUGAGCACAAGCACAAAGCUAAAGCGGCAAGCUGUGAUAAAGAAUUGAGUUUGCAGCUACAGCUAGCAGUCCGUUCCACUGUGAGCGGAACCCCAUGGAGCAUUCAGGAAGAUGUGCCUGCACUAAUGAGCGGUGCAGGGCAUGAUGCAAUGGCCAUGUCUCAUUUAACUAGGGUGGUGGGCAUGCUUUUCGUGCGCUGUCGUGGUGGUGUCAGCCAUUCCCCUGAUGAACAUGUAUCAGAUGAUGAUAUUUGGGCAGCUAGUUUGGCUCUUCUCCAGUUCCUAGAGAAAAAUGUUUAUUAUCAAUGAUGAAAUGCCCAAGAAAGAAAUUUCAUGUUCAGGCAAGUAAUGUUGCCUUUAGUAUUUGAUUUUGUUGUUGUUUCCAGAAACACAUUGUCACUAAACCAAUUUGCAUAUAAAGAAAUUAUGCAAUUUUCUUUGAGAUGUAGUAUCUGUGACUACGCUAA